AUGCCUUUCUCAUUGAACAAGGACAAGCCUCCGCGCGAUACGAGGAACGAUAACUUGGAUAUCCCAGACAGGCCGCUGUCGCCUGGUCUGGGGGGCAGGCCAAAGUCACCUGACGUUUUCAGGAGGGGAUAUGCCGGUGGUUUGUCCGGAGGUGCGAAGAUAAACUCGCCGGUAGUAGUUCCCCCGCUGCAGCAGAAUGGAGACGCAAACUCAUCCACGCCGAAGAAGGUGGCGAGCAGGGAGAGCGGCAUGUCGAUAUCUCGGAGCGGCAGCCGAGAGAACAUGGCAAACAUGCCUCGAAACCUCUCGUCGUCCUCCAGCUCCUCCUCUGCCAGUGGGAUGGCAGGUUCGAUAUCCAGGAAUCGGAGUCAAGACUCGAUGAGAGGAUCGUCAAAAGACCUGGCGAGUCAAGUGCGGCAGCUCUCUCGCAAAGGCAGCAGAGAAGACAUGGGCUCGUCCCCUGGGUCGUCCUGCAACGAUCUUGUCAACAAGCAAGUUUUCUCGCACGGAGUCAGUGAUCAGAGUGCGAUGACACGUGUUGACUUGCAUGUCGAAGUGACAAGUACUUCGCCCGGUGAUCGUGUGGUUGUCACAGGCUCCAUUCAAGAGCUGGGAUAUUGGGACCCUAGGGGCGGGGUUGAGUUGCAGACGAACCAAGUGGAAUUUCCGCAGUGGAGCGCGACGUUCGCCGCUCCUUCGGGCCAGUCAGUGGAGUACAAGUACGUCAUCAUGAAGGCCAAUGGGGAAAUGGACUGGGAGACCAAGAUCGAGAACCGGAUGUUCACAACUGAAGGGAAUGUGCUGACGUUGGAAGAUGGAAAGUUUGAUGUAGAGUCAGCCAAGUUGCUGAACAAGGAUUUCGUCUCUGUCGAUCGUAGCAAGCCUCUGAAGAAGAAUAUCUUGGACCUUCCUGUGGAGCUGGAGACAACAGACACCAUCUAUGUCGUCACUUAUCGCCUGCCUCUCACUGCCAAGAGAGAUCCUGACACUGGAGCGCUCUCCUUCCAGUGGCUGUCCUUUGCUUCUGACUCUACUCAACGCGAAGCUGACAACAGCAAAGUGAUGCGAUCUGAGAGCCGACAUGCCGGGUAUGUCGUAGAGAAUCUGCGUGCUCUUCGCGCUCGUUGCCGCGUGCUGUACGUCGGCGGAUUGGGCAUCGACAUCCCUCCAGCAGAGCAGGAAGCGGUGACGGAGGAGCUCAUGUCGAAAUUUCAGUGCAUUCCUGUGUUUCUGCCUCCAGACAUGCGCGCUGAAUAUGAAGAUUUUUGCCACAACAUUCUCAAACCAAUUUUUCAUUUUGUGCAUCCCACAAGUGCAGAUGUUUGCCGCGCCUUCGCCUCUGAAGCUAAGUGGCAGUUGUACAGUGCAGUUAACCGCGAAUAUGUGAAACCAGUUGUACAGAAUUUCAAUGACGGAGACUUGGUCCUGGUGUUCGAUCUUGGUCUGAUGAUGGCGCCGACUCUGAUUGGCUCAAGGGCUCGCACAGCGAACAUCUGCUUCUUCUUCAACACUCCAUUCCCCUCCUCAGAGAUUUUCAGGACAAUGCCUGUACGCAAAGAGGCGUUGAGGUCUCUAUUGAAUGCCGAUCUUAUUCAAUUCCACUGCUUCACGUAUGCCCGUCAUUUCCUCUCAUGCUGCUCGACGCUUCUUGGCAUAGAACACCGCCCAGCUCGAUGCGGGCUGGUGAACCUGGUCUUCAACGGUCACCAUGUGAACGUGAGAGCCUCUCACGUAGGGAUAGACGCGGAGACUCUCAACCGCCGUCUGCAGGAGGAGAGAGUUUUGACCGAGUCCGACUUCUGGGCAGAGAAGUUCCGGAGGAUGAAGAAGCAGGUGAUCUUGGUGGGCUAUGACGACAUGGAGCCUCUGUCAGGCAUCACCCUGAAGCUCCGAGCUUACCGUUCCAUGCUCAAUCUCUUCCCGGAGUAUCGUGCCAGUGCAGUGCUGGUGCAAGUUGCCAUCCCCUUACACGAUUCCCGAGGGGAGAUGAUGCACCAGGAGUAUGCGCAGGCGGUCACCAAGUUGGCCGAAGAGAUCAACGAGGCCUAUCCCAAUGCUGUCCUCAUGCUCCACGAGAAGAUGCCCUUCGCUCCUCGCGUCGCGCUCUUCACGAUCGCCGACGUGCUGGUGAACUCAGCGGUAAGGCACGGAUUAAGCCUUGUCCCGCUGGAGUUUGUGCUGGCAGGAGGAACGGUCGAUGCAGAGGCAUCAAGCAGAGGCAAACAGCCUAAGAUGGGCUCGCUAGUGCUCUCAGAGUUCACGGCCUGCAGCAGGGUGAUCCCUGGUGCGAUGAGGACGAAUCCAUGGAGGGAGGAAGACUUUGCUCGGAGCAUAGUGAAGUGCUUGAGACAACCGCAGUAUGAGAGGAAGCACUGGCACUCUCAACAGUUCGAGUGGUGCCAGCACAAUACAGUCCUUAGGUGGGCUGAGAACAUUCUGAAGGACAUGAAGAUGGCGAGGGCAAACUUGAUCGAGAUGGGAGAAGAUGUUGCUCGUACAGCUUGCUGCCGUGUCGGUCUAGUGAAGAGUUCUUACAAAGAGAUCUCUUCGAACAUCCUCAAGCUGGCUGAUGUCAAUACAGCUUACGCUUCGGGCAAGACAAGGCUGCUGAUCUUCGACGUUGACGUGUUGAGGCCCCCGAAGGGAAGUGAGGAAGAGGCUGAAAGCAAGAGUUGGCCUCAGUUUGUCAAGAACCUGGACCAGCUUGUGCUGGAGACUGGAAACGUCGUGUUCCUGCUGUCAUCGGACUCCGUCGAGCAUCUACUCCUCCUGCUCAAGCGCUGUAAGGGCAUAGAGAAGCUCGGUCUUGCAGCCGAGGAUGGAUACUACUAUAAGUGGCCGGGCUCUCCCGCCGACCGCUGGGACCAGCGCCAACACGUCAAGGCCCAGUGGAAGGAUGUCUGCUCGCUCCUGAUGAACAGCUACAAGGAGCGCACGACUGGGUCGUACGUAGACGAGGACCAGGUCGCUUCCAUCACUUGGCAUUACGGGGUCUCGAAUCCAGAGUUUGGUCAGAUCCAGGCAAAGGAGCUCCUGAACCAUCUAAAUGACACGCUCGAGCACCUUCCAGUGGAGGUUGUGCUGGGGAAGUCGUUUGUUCGAGUCCGCCACCAGGGGAUCACCAAGGGCGCUCUAGUCUCGCACAUCAUACAGCACUUCAGUAGCCGUGGAGGAGUAGACUUCCUCCUCUGUUUCGGUGAUGACCGCAUGGACGAGGACAUGUUCAACAUCCUCAGGGACUAUCAGAAUGGCGCCCAGUAUCGCCUCUUCCAGGGGACGGAGCAGGAGGUGAAGGUCUUCACCUGUACCGUUGGAAGGCAGCCCACACUGGCUGGAUAUUGUUUGUACACGUUCGAGGACGUACUGGAGCUGUCCAGCGGACUGUCGCUGCAGACCAAGAGGAAGUUAAGAUCGGCUGCGACCAUGCUCGAGCUGUCAGCUCUGUGA